GACCGAAAUAAUGCAAACGACAGAGUUAAUGGAAGUGGUGACAACGGAAAAUGGAAAUCAUUUGAAGGACAAGGAUGGCGUAAAGCCAGAAGAAAUGACUUCUCGUGAUUAUUAUUUUGAUUCUUAUGCGCAUUUUGGCAUUCACGAAGAAAUGUUGAAAGAUGAGGUCCGAACACUUAGUUAUAGGAAUGCUAUGUAUCACAAUAAGCAUCUUUUUAAAGGAAAAACAGUCAUUGAUGUUGGUUGUGGUACUGGAAUUUUAUCAAUGUUUGCUGCUAAGGCUGGAGCUGCACGAGUAAUAGCCAUCGAGUGCUCAAACAUCGCUGAUUAUGCUGUAAAGAUCAUUGAGGAGAAUAAACUUGAUCACAUAAUUUCUGUCGUCAAAGGAAAAGUCGAGGAAGUUGUGCUUCCAGAUAAUAUCGAAAAAGUUGACAUAAUUAUUUCAGAGUGGAUGGGAUAUUGUCUCUUUUAUGAAUCAAUGCUCGACACAGUUUUGUACGCUCGAGAUAAGUGGUUAGAUAAAGAAAAUGGAAUGAUGUUUCCUGACCGUUGUACUCUCUAUGUGACAUCGAUUGAAGACCGUCAGUACAAGGAUGAAAAGAUCAAUUGGUGGGAUGAUGUUUAUGGUUUUAACAUGUCGCACAUCCGAAAAGUUGCAAUCAGUGAACCUUUGGUGGAUGUUGUUGAUCAGAAGCAAGUUGUUACCAAUUCCUAUUUGAUCAAGGAAAUUGAUUUAUACACUGUACAAAAGGAAGAUCUUACAUUCACAAGCGAAUUCCAUCUUGCUAUAAAGCGUAAUGAUUUCAUUCAGGCUUUAGUCACAUACUUUAAUGUCGAAUUUACAAAAUGCCAUAAACGAAUUGGAUUUUCGACAUCUCCAGAAGCUGCUUAUACACAUUGGAAACAAACAGUAUUUUACUUAGAUGACUAUAUUACGGCUAAAAAAGGAGAAGAGAUCUACGGAACUUUCUCUAUGCAACCAAAUGAAAAGAACAAUCGUGAUUUGGACUUCCGCAUAAAAAUCAUCUUUAAUGGUGAAUUAUCGCAGAUGUCGGAAGAAAAUACUUAUCGUAUGCGCUAA